AUGGGGAAAUCCUCCCGCGAUAAACGUGACAUUUUUUAUCGUCUAGCAAAAGAAGAGGGUUGGAGAGCUAGAAGUGCAUAUAAAUUGCUGCAAAUAGACAAAGAAUUUGACAUUCUGUCUAAAGAUCAUGAGGGAAACCCGGUUACACGUGUUGUAGAUUUGUGCGCAGCACCUGGAAGCUGGUCCCAGGUUUUGUCAAAGCGAUUGUGGGAACCACUUUCAGAAUCAGAACGCCAAAAUGUGAAAAUUGUUGCUGUCGAUUUGCAAGCUAUGGCCCCCAUUCCUGGAAUUAUUCAGCUUCAAGGUGACAUCACUAGUCGUGAUACUGCUGACCGUGUUAUUCAACAGUUUGAGGGACAGAAAGCCCAGCUUGUGGUGUGUGAUGGAGCACCUGAUGUUACUGGACUUCAUGAUUUGGACGAGUAUGUCCAGUCUCAUCUGGUGCUCGCCGCCCUUACUAUCUGCGCACGCAUUCUCGAGAAUGGGGGCACCUUCGUUGCUAAAGUCUUCCGGGGCCGCGAGGCCGGCCUUCUAGGCGCUCAGUUGCGUUGUCUAUUCUCUGGGAAUGUGGUUUUCGCAAAACCCAGCUCAAGCAGAAAUUCCAGUCUUGAAUCGUUUGUUGUUUGUCAAAAUUUUCGUGGGGACACUUUGCUUCCAGCGUCUUUGACUAGCACUGUUAUCAAGGAAGGCGACAGCAAAAGGAACGACGAAAAUUCAGUCGAGUCCCUCAUGUGUUGGCUCGAAGGGCUGGACCAGCUGAACACGGAGCAGCGCAUUAUCCUCCCUUUCGUCGCUUGUGGCGACCUUUCCGGUUACGACGCAGACUCGUGCUAUGAACUCGAUGAUGACUAUUCUCCCCUCAACCCUGUACAACCACCUAUUUCAGCCGCAUACUUAGGUGUCUGUAAGAAGGCUCGCGCCGUUGAUGCUAGCUCCACUGCUGCCAGCGUGACUAACAAAGAAGAUCAGGCUCUUUCCAGACUUCUAAGCGACACUGGGCUCAACUAA